UUGUUGUUUGCCUUUACAUCUAUCAAAGAUAACUCUCCAAAACUUUCAAGUCUCUCUCAAAUCUCUUGAAAAUUUUGUCCUUCCAGAUUCCUUGUUUCCAUCUUUCAAUCCUGGGUUGCUUCGUAUCCACAAAUGGUGCUAUCAAAGCGUGGCCACAGGUUUUUCAAGUUUAGGGGCCCUGUUAACUCAUCAUUCUCAAGUCCCAUUUAUCAUGAUCUUUUGAAUUUCUAAACAUUUCCUUCUUGAAAGUAAUCUAAAACACAGUUCUCUCCACAAUCACAUAGUCUUAGCUCUUCAUUCUCUCACCAAACAACCAAGAAAAAGUUGUUCUUAUUCGUUGACGGAAACUGUUCUCUCCCCUACAUGACAGCAUAGCUAGAAACCUACCAUAGAUUCAAUCUCAAAAUCAAAUUAUCUGCAUCUAUAUAUCAAGCUUUCUCCAUCUCUACAUCCCAAGACAGAUGUUUCCCUGGGUCUACUACGAGUAUUCAUGCGAAGUUGUUGGAAUGGCUUGGAUUUUGCUGAAAGUGGACUAUUCAAGGCUGUUCUGGUUAUUAUUUGGUGUCUUUUCGUAUCAAAAUCUAGGAAAACCUCGGAUCAUCUAGCAACUAGCUAACCUCUCGCAAUCCCCACUUCCAUAACCAUUAUAUUCUGUAGUGUGUGUUUAGUAUUAAGAACUACUACGUGCUAUAUUUACAGCAAAUAAACUACUAUAACAAAUCAGCUUGAAAAAGAAUCAACUGGGGUCUUGUUUUUAGGGUAAUUCAUUGAUUUCUGAACCAUGUAUAAGACUCGAGUUAGAGCAUGUGUUGAUGGAGCUAAGGCACAGCUUGGAUAUGUUGAGACCGACCCUUCUGGUCGGUAUGGACGUUUUUAUGCAGUUCAGAGAAGUUCUUGGCAAAGGAGCCAUGAAGACUGUGUACAAGGCAUUUGAUGAGGUUCUUGGAAUGGAGGUGGCAUGGAAUCAAGUGAAGCUUCACGACGUCUUCCGCUCACCGGAGGAGUUGCAGCGGUUAUACUCAGAAGUUCACCUCCUUAAGAACCUCAAUCAUGACUCCAUCAUCAAAUUCUACACAUCUUGGAUUGACAUUGAUAGAAGAGCCUUCAACUUCAUCACUGAAAUGUUCACCUCCGGCACCUUAAGAGCGUAUAGGAAAAAGUACCAGCGUGUAGAUAUUCGAGCAAUCAAGAACUGGUCGCGCCAAAUCCUGCGCGGUCUUGCUUUUCUGCAUGGCCAUGAUCCUCCUGUGAUACAUAGAGACCUCAAGUGUGACAACAUCUUUAUCAAUGGACAUCUUGGACAUGUAAAGAUUGGAGAUCUAGGCUUAGCUGCUGUUCUUCAGGGCUCACAACAUGCCCACAGUGUCAUAGGUACACCUGAAUUUAUGGCACCAGAAUUAUAUGAAGAGGAUUAUGAUGAGCUGGUUGACAUAUAUUCCUUUGGCAUGUGUGUCUUAGAGAUGCUCACUUUUGAGUAUCCAUAUAGCGAGUGCUCCAAUCCUGCUCAAAUAUACAAGAAAGUGACUUCUGGAAAGUUGCCAGAGGCAUUCUAUCGGAUUGAAGACGUCGAAGCUCAAGAAUUUAUAGGGAAAUGUUUGGCGACUGCUUCAAAGAGGUUGCCAGCUCGAGAACUUUUGUUGGAUCCAUUUCUGGCUUCUGAUGAAGCAGAAUUGGGGACUAUCCCCAAAGUUCCAAGUCCAUGGUCAAGUCCUAAAGUAACAGAAGAGAAGAUCAUGCCAUCUCUUUUGGCUGAUCCAACAAAGGCCACAGAGAUGACUGUCACAGGGACAAUGAAUCCGCAAGAUGAUACAAUUUUUCUCAAAGUGAAAAUUUCUGAGAAGGAUGGUCAGACCAGGAACAUAUACUUUCCCUUUGACAUCAUGAAUGACACUGCAAUUGAUGUUGCAAUGGAGAUGGUGAAAGAACUGGAGAUCACUGACUGGGAGCCGUUCGAAAUUGCUGAUAUGAUAGAGGAGCAGAUAUCAUCUUUAAUUCCCGGUUGGAAACAAUGCAGCUCAUCUCAAAUCCAUCAUCCACAGCACUGCUUUAGCUAUGAAGAUGAUGAUGAUGAUGACCACAACGACGGACCUCGCCAUCCUUUCUUUGCCAGUUCUUCUCAUUCCUCUUCACAGGCUUCUCUUUUGGCUUUCAACUGUUCCUUUCAGACAAAACCUUGUCAAGGAAGAAAUAUGACUUCUGCCCAUGACUGGUUUGAAGGCGAGCUGUUUAUCGAUGAUGAUGCAAGUUCUCAAAGUUCUUUGAACUCUUUCAAGUACUCCACUUUGAAUUACAGCUCAGGAAAUGAAGAUGAUUAUGAUGCAAGUUUAAGAGAAGUGCCCUUAGGCUUUGGAAAGAUACACAAGUCUACAAGAUUCUGUCCUGCAGACAGCUUGAGUGCAAAACAAUAUAAACAUCGAAAUGCGCGAUUGGAUUCAGGGGGAUGUUGUAGCUCCAAUCCACAGCGGAAGCUAAGCCGGAUUCGCUCCCAAGUCGACGUGCGCAGCCAGUUGUUGCACCGGUCACUACUUGAGGAGAUAAACAAGAGGCGCUUGUUCAAGACAGUUGGAGCUGUUGAAAAUAUUGGAUAUCAUGAGCCUGGUCUUCAAGAUGAUGAUGAAAAGAAGAGAUUUAAAUGGUGAAGCAUCAUGCUAUUGAUCUCUUUAGUUGUUGAUGAUUAAUGCUUUUUGGUGUGUUUUUUUAUGUUAAAAAUGUACCAAUUAUGAAGCUUCAAAGGUUUUGGUUUUAAUAAAAGAACUGCCAAUGCAUGUGGCAUGUCCAGGGCUGAAAACGUUAUGGUGUGAAAUAAAAGGUUUGAUUCCAUGCAA